CGAUUCGUCUUUAGAAUGAAAGAUCGAAUGGAACGUCUUGUAGUUCUUCCAUUCACCGUAGGUUGUGUGUCUUCCUCGAGUGUCUCGGUCAGCAUACAACAUUACGGAAGACGGCCAAAAGAAGACAUCAACUCAGCUCGCACGGUGAGGAGGUCAAUGGAAAUUGUGAAAGAUCCUAAAGGCAUGUCAAGUGAUCAAAUGACCAAUAAGGAAUUAUCCAAGUCUUCUCUAUUAUCAAGACCUAACAUAUACACUAUUGGAUCCAUUCAUAGGCUCACAAAAACCAUCAAAAACUUAUCUCAAUCACUUGUAUACAAGGAGGAGAUAGAAGAACUAGAAAUGGAGAUGGAGAUUGGCCUUCCAACGGAUGUAAAACAUGUGACACAUAUAGGGAUUGAUGGAUCCCCUACCAUUGGCGCUAAAGGUAUUAACCACUUGGUCGCCUCAGAGCUCCUCUCUUUAUGUCCCGAUGCCAUGGCUUCAUACGAGCCAUGUGCUACCGUUGUACCAAAGGAUGCAAAAUGAUCCUAGUACGCAUAACACGUCGUGUAAAGCACCCGAUUUCAAAAAAUGAAACAAGUGUAGAUGAAAUAAUAUUGAAGUAUGUUAAUAUGUUAAAGUCUUAUAUAUACUAUUUGAUUUGAUUA